CACCACUGCCUGUUAAAAUGAUAAUGAGCCUCUUGCAUUGGAAAGAGAAAUCCUCCGCAAAAAGGGGUGAAAUUUCCCCCCAAACUGAAACUUGAAACACCACCAAGUGUCCUGGCAAGAUUAUUAGAUUAGUCCCGUUAUGAUACGACUCACUCUUGGCAAUGGCAUGGAGGAGGAGACAUACUCCUCUGCAGCCUCUUCCCUAGAGUCGCUAUUAUUUCUUCCCCAAGACACGCCCAUCGCCAUUCGCACCCAGCCCGUGAUUCCGAACCUCCCACGUCCGCUCUACUUGGCGGAUUCGUUCCUGGAUUCGCAAAAGACCACUUGCAAUGUGACCAGCUCGUCCGACAACAUCACCGGGUCCAAUUCGAGAUGGCCGAAUACGUUCACUAUCAUGGAUGAAGACGAGGAAGAAGAGGACAUGGAGGAGUCUGGUUCGACCAGCAGACAGAAAUCAGGUUUUGGAGAAUGGGUCGACAAAUUUGGCCUUGGGAGUCUAAGCAUUUUCAACAAAGGCUCCCAAAAACAUGACCAACAACAACAACGACAACAUCGCCAUGUUGUACAACCCUCAAUUGAGCAAGGAAUCUUUAGCGAGAAGAGAAUCUCGGCAACCAUUGUCGGAUACGAGAUUCUUCACCAUCAAGAGAAAUAUGCGAUCUUCAAAAUCCGAGUCGACAAUCUCAGUGAGUGGAGUGUCGAUACUGUUCCCGUUUGGCACAUCUUUCGGCGAUAUUCAGAGAUGCUGACGCUCUUCCAGAAAAUUAGAACUAGUUUUCCGCUACAUCCGUUCGAGUUUCCUCCCCGGAAAUGGCUAGGCAACCAAUUUGACCCCUUGUUUUUAGGGCGGAGAAUCCAGAGACUUCAAGGGUUUUUGAGCAAUGUCCUGGACGAUCCCGAGGUUCGUGAUCACGAGAUCGUCCGUCACUUUUUCUGCUUUGAUGCCCCUCCCAAUCGAACUUCAAUUCCCCUUGAAUUCGAUAGAGCAAUCUUUGACACUUUUGAGGAAGUCGUGCACGAACUACGCGAACAAUUGAGAGCCCGGGAAAUCCUAGAAGCUACCACUCAUGACCAAAGAGAAAUGCUCAAGGAAAGAGAUUUGGAACUGGAUGUCAUGCGAACCGAAAUUGAUACCUUGCGCAGACAAAAGGACUCGCUAUUGAAAGCAUUGGGAGACGAUUCCAAUGUUUUGAGUUUGCCAGUACCGUCAUUGGGGCGGAGUUCACUUCAUAAUUCCCGUUUAUCCUUGGUCUCGCACCACUCUUCAGUCCGUCCCAUGUGAUGGAUGAAGAAACCAUGUACUACUUCAAAGCCAGAGGCAAAACAACGACAGGCAAUGCAUUCUUAGGAUUCUGUGUGUAAAGAGACCAAGUUAGCUUCACCAAAUUGAAUAUUCCUGCAAAGAGACACAUGUACACAAUAAACGUUUCAUCUAGCGUAUAUAAAUGACAUAGAACGCAACC